AUGGUGCAACUAGCAGCACGUGUGCAGCAGCACUUCAAAUUCACCCACAAGCAACAGCAGCAGCAGGAGCAGCAGCAGAAGCGACAACAGCAGCAGAAACAGCAGCAGGAGCAGCAGUGUAGGCCACAGGGCAGCGAGAGACGGGAGCCGCUGCUGCGGUUGAAGCAAAAGAGACUGGAACGCGAAGAGCAGGGGGCUGCAGAGCAGCGGGAGCAGCAGCAGCAGCAGCAGCAGGCGCUCCAGCAGCAGCAGCAGCACACAGCAGCAGCAAAAGGCACUCCGCCUUCCAUAGCAACUGCAGCAACAGCUGCAGCAGCAGCUGCUGCACCAGCAACAUCUGCAGCAGCAGCACACCAGCUACAACUGCAACUGCAGCAACUGCAGCAGCAGCAGCAACAGCAGCAACACCAGCAGCACGAUGUCCUGCCGAAGCCACCAAGGCGAGGAGGGGCAGCGGCCCCAACUUGCCUCAUCACCAAGAGACAUCAGCAGCAGCAGCUGCAGCAGCAGUUGCAGCAGCAGCAGUUGCAGCAGCAGUUCUAG